AUGUACAAUGUAAAAAAUUCAACCGAUCGAAAGGGUCGCCCCCUAGUGCGUAAGCUUUAUUUUUGCAUAUUGUAUAAGUUGAAUUUUUUCCCUGGUACCACAAAUAUUUACGGUAUUGUAGCGAGAGUUAGUUUUUGGUGUUUUGCGUCUCUGAUUCGGAGUGUUUUAGCUUUUGUUUGGUGUAAGUUCGUGGAUUUGUCGUUUGACAGUGUUGCCAAAAGUGUAACCACAAACCUUGAAAUUUGGAUCGGUCGAUAUCGGCAAAAUCGUGCACUUGUUCCGCGAGUGUGUGUGUGUAAUUACCUACCGUAUGAGGUUGAAAGGCCCUUCCGGAUGAAGUGAUGACGUACUUCCGGCGAGUAUUUAGUCGAGGAAGGGACGAUGAUCCUCCUUCGCCGGCGCCCUUCGUGAAGCCGAGGAGCAACUCUUUGGAUCCCAGGACUUUGGAGGCGAGCGGAUUGAGAGCGUUUCAAUAUGCUUAUAAUAAU